ACAUUUCAACAACAGAACUUGUUGUUUCUAGUUUUGCGCUAAAUCAAAUUAAUUGCGAAAUAUUGCUAUGGAAUCGGCUAUUUUCGAGGACUGUCGGAAGUUAAUAGAUCUCUUUGUAAAUUCGGGAAAUAAUAGUUUCCCUUCAUUUUGCAAACAGUGGAAAUCUUUGCAAUUCCAACACAUUUAUUUUGCGCAAACCUCACAUAUUGAAUUAAUACAAACGACCUCAGCCAUUAUACAUUGUGCUAAGCAGGAUAUAUGCAGUCCUGAUGAAAAUGACACAGACAUAGAUCCACCAGUCAGUCAUAACACUAACAACACAACUGCGCAACACUUUACAGAUGAACGAAUACGUAGAAGAAUCGGUUAUCUAUAUUUACUAUAUGCGAUUUACUUUAAACAACCUACAAAACAUUAUGUUAAAAUUGAAACCAAUAUAAAUACUUGGAAAAAUAUAAAAAACUUUAUAGACUCAUUACCAAUGUCACCAGAUAUGGACGAACCUCGAUACAUAUUUUGGCGUCUAUUGCAAGCCGACGCUUUUCGUUUCACAGCUUUAAACUAUUGUGUAGGCUUGGAAGAUUUCGUUGAUUACGAUAAACUGAAUGGUAAAGAUAAUGUAGACGUUUUGGGUAAGAAUAGUAGCAAAAAUCUUGGACAACAAUUACAGGAUUUUCCAACUAUUCAACGAAUAUUACCGGCUCUGACAGUACUUGAAGAUGGUUAUAAUGAAAUGAAGGAAAUGUUAGUGAACUCAAACAAAAGUGGUAUGCAUAAACAGACCCUACCAGCUACAACAAUUUUCAAAAGUAUAGAGCAGUGUUUUCAAAAUAUUCAGGCUAUAGUUGACGAAAAUGAGGGACGAGUAAAUAAACCAAAAUUAUCACCUUUAAAAAGUACAAAACGGAAUUUGAAACGUAAAGGUUUCACAAGUAUUCAUAACAAUAAGAAAAGCGAAGAUUGUGGUGCAACCGAAAGUAUUUCAAAAAAAAGUAAUAUACGUAGAAGAAUGUCAGCACGCACCGUAUUUACGGAUGAAUUGCCUAAGGAUUUAUUAGAUGAUCUGCAAGAGCAAGAAUCCAUAAUAAGCACGGAGGAUCAAGAUUUGUCCGAUGUUGAGCAAACAACAGAAUCUCAAGAAAAUACCGAGGAUAUGAACGAUACGCAUGAAAGCAACCAAGAGGAAGAAGUAAUUGAGCAGCAAUUAAGUGAACUAUUAGAAAUAGAACUAAGCCAAGAGACUAGAACGACCUCAUAUAAUAAGCAUAAAUUAUCAUUAGAUUGAAUAUUCCAUAGUCACAACAAAACGAAUAAUUUUAAUAUAAUAUAAGCAAAUAGUUAAAUGUAUAAAAUUUAAAGCAUAUAAUAAAAAAUCGUACUAAAAACUGAA